UCACUCGACGGCGACUGGGGUGUCCGGGGAAGCGGAGCGGCGUGCAGCCCGCCUGCCUGCAGCUCACCCACCCACCGGCCUCCCUCCCUCCCUCCCACCCACCAGCCUGCCUCCAGCUCACCUCGCUGCUUUCCACGGAAAGCUCUGGUGCGAGUGAGAGGGUGGGAAGUACCCAAGCCAAUCAGAGCGGCGCCGCCCAGGACUAACAUGGCAGCAGCGCCGGGCCAGGCAGCAAGUUCCCGCAGGCAAUCCGACCGGUGACAGCGGCUGCAAGCGCCCGACCUGACCUGACCCGACCCGACCCAUCCCGCCGUCACCAUGCUCGGCAUGUACGUGCCCGAUAGAUUCUCCCUGAAAUCCUCCAAAGUGCAAGAAGGGAUCGGCCUGUACACUGCCAGACGGGUGAAAAAGGGUGAGAAGUUUGGGCCUUUUGCUGGAGAGAAAAGAAUGCCUCAUGAACUGGAUGAAAGCAUGGAUUCAAGACUGAUGUGGGAGGUACGUGGAAAUAAGGGAGAGGUUUUGUACAUUCUGGAUGCCAGCAAUCCUCGGCAUUCAAAUUGGCUGCGCUUUGUCCAUCAGGCUCCUACACAAGAAGAGAAAAAUCUGGCUGCAAUUCAGGAAGGAGAAAAUAUUUUCUAUUUGGCUGUGGAUGACAUCGAAACAGACACUGAAUUGCUGAUUGGUUAUCUGGAUAGUGAAAUGGAAGAGAUGGAGGAAGAAGAGGAGGAGAAAAUGGUCAGCAAAGAGGAUGAAGACAAUCCCAAAGAUAUUCAAUCAUCUGGUGAUAAAGAUCUGUUGAGCGAUAAAGAAGGUUACGGUUGUCCUCGAUGUGAGAGCAGUUUCCGAAGCCAAGACAUCUUGGCAGAGCACUUGCAGUCACUACAUCAGAAGCCCAGUGAAGAAAAGGAAUUCAAAUGUCGGAAUUGCGGCAAGAAGUUCCCCAUUAAACAGGCCUUGCAGAGACAUGUUCUACAAUGUACUGAAAAUGUCCUUCCCGAUGACAGCUCUCGAAGCUUUCAAUGUUCUGUCUGCAGCAUCGCCUUCAGCUCUGAGUCAAGUUUCGAGCAGCAUAAAGAAGCCUGCAAAGGGGAUGCCAGGUUUGUUUGCAAAGCAGAUAGCUGUGGGAAAAGGUUCAAAAGCAAAGAUGCCUUGAAGAAGCAUAAGGAGAAUGUGCAUACAGGAAGCUCUCGGAGGAGACUGAUGUGCUCUGUAUGCAACAAGAAGUGUUCUUCGGCUGCAACUCUACAGGAGCAUCGAAAGAUUCAUGAGGUCUUCAAUUGCCAAGAGUGUGACAAAAAAUUCAUUUCAGCAAACCAGUUGAAGCGCCAUAUGAUUACCCAUUCAGAGAAACGCCCUUACACCUGUGAGGUCUGCAGUAAAUCUUUCAAACGUCUCGAUCAAGUAACUGCGCAUAAAAUUAUCCAUAGUGAGGACAAACCAUACAAAUGCAAACUUUGUGGAAAAGGCUUUGCUCAUAGAAAUGUGUACAAGAAUCACAAGAAGCACAAGGACCUGGGGAAGCUCUGCAUAUCGGCACACUCGGAAGAGAGGCCAUUCCAGUGUGAGGAGUGUAAGGCUUUGUUUCGAACUCCCUUCUCCCUGCAAAGACAUCUACUGAUUCACAACAGUGAACGAACCUUCAAAUGUGAUCACUGUGAUGCAACUUUCAAGAGGAAGGACACCUUAAAUGUUCACAUUCAAGUGGUGCAUGACGGGCACAAGAAGUACAAGUGUGAUCUGUGUGACAAGGCCUUUGUUACCCCCUCUGUGCUGAAGAGUCAUAAAAAGACACAUACCGGAGAGAAGGAAAAGAUUUGUCCAUACUGUGGACAGAAAUUUGCUAGUAACGGAACCUUACGUGUACACAUUCGAAGCCAUACAGGUGAGCGCCCGUACCAAUGUCCCUACUGUGACAAAGCUUUCAGCAAGAAUGAUGGAUUAAAAAUGCACAUUAGAACACACACGCGGGAAAAGCCUUACCAGUGUUCAGAAUGCAACAAAGCUUUUAGUCAGAAAAGGGGUCUAGAUGAACAUAUGAGGACUCAUACAGGAGAAAAGCCAUUCCAGUGUGACGUCUGCGAUUUAUCAUUCAGCUUGAAAAAAAUGCUGAUUAGGCACAAACUGACACACAACCCAAAUCGACCAAUGGCAGAAUGCCAACUCUGUCACAAGAAGUUUACAAGGAAUGACUACCUCAAGGUCCAUAUGGAAAACGUGCACGGAGAGACAGACAGCUAAAGCUCUGCCCUUCACAUUCAAUCGGAGAGCUUCAACAUUCCUGAGCUCCAUUAUAGGUCAACGCUGUGGUAGAUUGCAACUAUCAGUAGUGUUGGAAUGCUUUACCUGCCCGAUAUGUAUAAUUUGCAAAGAUACAAUAUGCAUUCUUCAGCAGCUAGUGUGUUUUUGUUUUACUAUUCUGAGAGCCUGCUGUGAAUGGGAGACGAUAGAUUUCAAAAUCCUUGCUUUUGUGACCUUUACGAUGAAUUAUUCUGCCGAGGUUGUUUGAGUGUUCGGAAACACAGCACAAUCUCCUUGUUUCUUUAUGCUAAUCAUUUAAAUAAUCAUCAACUGGAUCCAGACACUUUACAACUGUUAAUCCUCACACUGUCACCAAUACCAAAUAAUUCUCUUGUGAAGGUGAUUUACUUUGAGAUGUCAGUUCAUCCAUUAAUGCUGAAAAGCCAUUCAUACCUUUAAUGAUACUAUUUGUCACAUGAACAUGUAUUAGUGCUAUAAUGAUUUGCAACUUACAUAUUUUAGAUAAAUAACUGAAAUGCAUUUCUGUCUUCCCUGCUCUUCUCUUACUCUUUUUUUGGUGUUUUCGUGUAAUCUUGUAUUUUUGAUUACCUAUUGGCUUUGUUUUAGUAGUAAUUUGAAUUUUUGUGCUCUGACUUAGUCAUUGAUCAAUUAAACAGAACAUCCUUUCUA